AUGCCCGGAUCCAUCUGUUCGGAUACUGUAUCUGAAGCUGGAUAUGAUAACAUGAGCAAAUCUGGUGAUAGUUUGUUAUGUGAAUUCAAUCAUCGAUUUGCUUCAGUACUUCAUCAAUGUGUUGUCUCUGUUGCCUCAUUCAUUGAAGGUACCAUGAUAUUUGGAUGUACAGGCAUAUUCAUCCCACCAGGAUCAGAUGCUGAUCCUACAAGUGUUCUGACUUCAGCUAGCUUGGUUAGGUCUUCUGACGAUGAAAACAAGAUCAUUGAUAACUUGACGAUUAAAGUGCGCCUUCCAGAUGAUCUAGUUGUCAUUGGGUGGUUGCACCAUUAUGAUUUGAAGUAUGAUAUUGCUGUUGUCAACAUUGAGCGUCUUCAUGGUUUUUGCGCACUGAAAAUCAGUUACAGACUUCAGCUGCAAUAUGAGUCCACUAAUGUAGUAGCCGUGCGGCGGUGUUUCGACUCAGGCGUGUUAACAACCACACGAGGAAUUGAUAUUGGCAGACUAAGCGAUGAACUCUGUGAACUUGAUAUGGCUUCGAUUGGAGAUCCCAUUUUUUGUUUUAAUGGGAGCUUUGCUGGAAUGAACUGUCGUGAAGGCGAAAGGGCUGUAUUCCUACCACGGGACAAAAUUAUUGAAUGCUUGGAGCAUUUUGGAUUCAGGACUGACAUUAAUCAAGGGGGCUGUGGUACAAAAAAAUUAGUCACAAGGGAGAUAGAAAGACAUACCACACUGGGCAUUGCAAGAUACGAUUAUCCCAUACCAGAUAAAAUCAGUAGACGUGGUGAUUUUUUUGCUAUGUGUGUGUACAAUUCGUUUGAAGAUAAAUUUGAGGGUGAUAUCUGGAGUACACUCAAUAAAGAACUUGGUUCAACUUUGUCUGAAUGCGUCGUCGCGCUCGCAUCAUUUAAUGAAGGUGCAAGGCAUUUUGCUUGCACAGGCGUAUUUAUAGAUUGUUACCCUGCAAGAAUUCUCACUUCAGCAAGUCUUGUUAGAAGUUCUGAUGAUAAAAGCAAGAUUUAUGAUAACUUGCGGAUUGAAGUGUGCCUUCAAAAUAGAAGCCGUGUCCUAGCAACGUUGAAACAUUAUGACUUACGUUAUAAUGUUGCUGUUGUCGACAUCAUCUGUUUCCGCAGUCCUCGUGCCAUAGAACUUGAGAAAGAUAUUCCUUUUGCCCCUAAUACUGAUGUAGUGGCUGUAGGGUUUUGCUUCAAAGGUUGCAAGUUAAUGGCUACAAAGGGGGUGUUGGUUGACAAACCAAGCAAACUGGAUUGCAAAGAUCUUGGGACACCACAUGCAAGAUAUAAAUCGUUCCAGACCCCCGGCUCACCACGCUGCACUUGCGUGAGUAUAGGUGAGAGUACACUUCACAAGACAAGUGAGCAGUUUUCAUUCACACUACUCGUUGGAACGAAGAGUAACCUUAACAACCUCCCAUGGGAAUACAUGGAUGCCUGUGGAUAG